CAACGGAAAAGUUCUAUUUUUAAUUUUUUUAUUAUUAUUACAGACCAUAGUUCAGUGAAGUUGUCAUCUUUUGACUAGGCAUCAUAAAGGGCAUCUCAUGUAGAAAUCUAAGGCUUCAAACUCUUGUUCAUUAAAAUUUCCCAAUCUCAGUGGGUAACAUACAAAACCUGAAAAUGGAGGGGACUGUCUUUGGUCCUGCACUGCAAGAACUUGAGCAUGUAAAGUCUGAGCAAGGAGAAAUUCUGACCAAGUCUUUCUUGGAUGCGUGCAAGCACAUAUUGCCUGUAAUAGAUAAGUUUGGAGCUGCUAUGGCUCUUGUUAAAUCUGACAUAGGUGGUAACAUAUCGAGAUUGGAAACUAUGUAUUCCUCCAAUCCAUCCAGAUUUAACUACUUGUACAGUUUGGUGCAAGUAGAAAUUGAAACUAAAACAGCUAAAUCAUCAUCCAGUUGUACCAAUGGACUUCUUUGGCUGACAAGAGCAAUGGAUUUCUUGGUGGCUUUGUUCCGAAACUUAAUUGAGCAUGAAGAUUGGCCAAUGUCACAAGCCUGUACAGAUUCCUAUAACAAGACUCUGAAGAAGUGGCAUGGCUGGCUUGCUAGUACAAGCUUCAGUGUAGUCAUGAAGCUUGCUCCUGACAGGAAGAAGUUCAUGGAUGUUAUAGGAGGCACAGGUGAUAUCAAUGCUGACAUUGAGAAAUUUUGUUCAAACUUUUCUCCUCUCCUUGAAGAGAAUCACAAGUUUCUGGCUCGUUUUGGCUUGGAUGAUAUGAAGGCAUCAUAAAUGACAUUCAUGGUCAAAACUGAUGAGUGACUCUUGCAUGCUCACCCUCAUUUCUUGUUGACUUUGUAAACCUUGUCAUCUAGCAUGAUAAAUAAGCAUCCACUUUUGUACCGCUAAGUACUCUAAUCAUAGUCUUUCUUUGUGAUAUCAAAAUUUGUUACCAUAUAUUACGAGGUUAAGACUAAUGACUUUUUCUGCAAUACCAUGUAGAAUAUCUUGGCCAUUAUGUAAUUGGCUAGAACCAAACUUAUUCAACUUUGGCUCAGCAUAUGACCGUGAUUAUAUAAUUUUUUUACAUUCAA